ACAGAUCCGGGCUGCGCGUGCGACACUCUGGAUAGAGAGAGAGAGAGAGAGAGAGAGAGAUUGCACGCACGCACAGAAAUCUUCCAGCAUCCCGGUUCACGCAGAGCUGCUGCGGAGAAAGGACAGAUAGCAUAUAGAUUAUAACACAGGAAGCGAAAAGAAAAGAAAAGAAAAGAGAGAUUCUAGUUCAUUCUAAUCAGAAUAAUAAAGGAGGAGGCGGCUCGCGAGGAUGGGAAAUAAAAAGGCGUUUAUGGUAAUGACGUUGUUGACGUGGUGCGCGUGGACAGGAGCGCAGGGUCUGGCUAUGACCGAGGUGAAUGGACCAGUGGGAGGCCCCCUUGUGGUGGAGCCUCAGAUUGCAAUGUUUUGUGGUCGUCAGCUUCUGCACUUGAACACUGCAACAGGUCAAUGGGAGCCGGACCCACAGGGCCGUCAGGGCUGUUUCACCCAGCCUAGCAAGAUCCUGUCCUACUGUCAAGAGAUGUACCCAGGUUUGCAGAUUUCCCACGUCGAAGAAGCUUCCAGUCCUGUUACUAUCCAAGGAUGGUGUAAGAAGGGCUGGGGUCAUUGCCAGACUCGACCUUUUAUCGUUGUUCCUUACCGUUGUUUGGUAGGUGAUUAUGUGAACGAGGGUCUUCUGGUUCCAGACCGCUGUCGUUUUUUGCACCAGGAGGAGCUGGAUUUGUGUGAGAGCUUUGUCUACUGGCAUAACAUCGCUAAAGAGGCGUGCACAGCAGACAGUCUGGAGCUCCAUAGUUACGGAAUGCUCUUACAAUGUGGUAACCGUUUCCGGGGUGUAGAAUAUGUCUGCUGUCCUGGAAGAGGUGGAGCUAGUGGGCGUGGUGAAUAUGAAGGCGGAGACAGUGCACAGGGAGCGACUCCGCCUUUAAUAUCGCUGGCUGGUGAGAAAGAGGCCACCAGCAUGAAGGUGACCCCGUCCACCCCCAGUCCCUCCCCUGAAACAGACCUAGAGGAGGACGACAUGGAGGAGGAAGAGGAAGCCGUGGAGGAGGAAGACAUUGAAGAAGAUGAGGAUGAUGAAGAUGAGGAUGAUGACGAGGCAGCACCCACAACAAUGAAGGAUCCGGAAGCAUACGAUUACCCCAUUGACUCUGGCACCUACCAGGCUUCUGAUUAUCUGGAGAACUUCGACUAUGAGAGGAACUCUCAGGGUGCCAAGACCCCAACCCAACAACCUCAGCUACGUGGGGAUGUGCCCACAGUGCGUCCUACAGAUGGAGUGGACGUCUAUUUCGAGAUGCCCAGUGAUGACAGCGAACAUGCCAACUUCCUCCGCGCCAAGAUGGACCUGGAGGAGCGCCGGAUGAAACGCAUCAAUGAGAUUAUGAAAGAGUGGGCCGAGGCUGAUAACCAGUCCAAGAACCUCCCCAAAUCAGACCGCCAGGCACUGAAUGAGCAUUUCCAGGCCGUGUUACAGACUCUGGAGGAGCAAGUAGCAGGUGAGAGGCAGAGGCUGGUGGAGACUCAUCUUGCACGUGUUGUAGCCACUCUGAAUAAUAACCGCCGUCUGGCACUGGAGAGCUACCUGAGCGCCGUGCAGAGCGAACCACCGCAGCCAGAGCGAGUGCUGCAGGCUCUGAAGCGUUACUUGGCUGCCGAGCAGAAGGAUCGGCGCCACACGCUGCGUCACUACCAGCACAUCGAGUCUGUAGACCCACAGAAGGCCGAGCAGAUGAAGUUCCAGGUAUACACUCACCUCCAUGUGAUCGAGGAGAGGAUGAACCAGAGUUUGGCUCUGCUCUAUAAGGUUCCCACUCUAGCUGACGAGCUCCACGAUGAGAUCCAGGAACUGGUGCGGACCGAGAGAGGCGACAUCAGCGAGCUCAUGACCACAUCGUUCUCCGAGACUCGCACCACAGAGGAGCUGCUUCCUGCCGAGAGUGAGGAAGAGAAGGAGGAUGAAGAGGAGGAGGGGAGAGCUUUCCAGAACCGUCCAUACCCACCUCGCAUAGAUCCUCAGCCAAGCAGCAAGAAAGUGUCUGCUGUAGACGAGUACGAUUACAGCACGUCUGAGAGAGCUCCCACCUAUGAAUAUGAGGAGAAGUUUAACGCCUCGGUGGAGCUGAAGCAGGUGGUCUACAAGUCUCCAGGAAUCCAGCGUGAUGAGCUGCAGCCAGAUGUUCUUGAGACAUUUAACCGUGGUGCCAUGGUGGGGCUUCUGGUGGUUGCCGUGGCAAUUGCCAUGGUAAUGGUGAUCAGUUUGCUCCUGGUGCGUCGUAAGCCAUAUGGCACCAUCAGCCACGGCAUUGUGGAAGUGGACCCCAUGCUGAGUCCAGAGGAAAGGCAGCUCAGUAAGAUGCAGAACCACGGCUAUGAAAACCCCACCUACAAAUUCUUUGAGCAAAUGAACUAAAGUUAAAAUCACACCCCUUUUUCACUCACUUCCUGUUUACCGACAGGGGUUUCCAUAGCAACCCCCGUCCCCCUCCCCAACACUGUAUGUACGUUUCCAUGACCAAACUCAAACAUGGCAGGCAAAUGCAGAGUUUCCACUCAAAUGUUAUUCAACUGCUCUCAGAAAUAAAUAAAAGAGAGACAAGGAGGAGAUUUAUACAUUCGGUCUCUAUAAAAAUCAUUCCUUUGUGUUUAGGAAGAUGCUGAAAUCAUAGCAUGUCAUGCAAUCAUAUAUAAAGCAGAGCUCCAAUAGUAUCUGUUACUGCUCUGGUUUCAGCAUUGAGCUUUUUUAUUUUAUUUUUUUUAAGUGGAAUAUGUGGAAAAAAAGAAAGGAAAAAAACUAUUUUUUAUUGAUUUCCAUUCCAAGCGCUUUUUUUUUAAUUUUAUUUUUUUUGUGUGAAACUGUGAUGUGGAUGAAGUCAUAAUUUAUAUUUCAGCAUGUAAAUAUAUGAGGGGAAAAUCACUGUAGCUCUUCUAACAUGCUGAAGCGUAGAAAUAAUAACACUUAUUGCAUUUCUGAGAUCUAUUGGUUUAUUCACGAGGAGAAAAGAGGCUAGUGAUCCCUCUCAGACAUCUCUCACUUCACCACAUCACGAAUACCGUUUCAUUCAUGUGAAAAGGAAUCAAAUCACAGAAUCGAAUCAUUGCUCCAAAUAUAACACCAACUUAAUCAAUUAGUGCUUAUUUUUAAUGACUAUUAUUCAUUGUACUGCUUCUUAGGGACAAAAAAAAGAAAAAGAAAAAAGUGAUCUGCAGUCCACUAACGUAAAGAAGAGCAUGCUGAAUUUGGUGUAUUAUGCUAUAAACGUACUUGUGUUGUUCCUGUUUUUAUGCUUUUUGAAACUAAAAUGUCACACUUAGACAAAAAAAUGUGUGUAUAACUGAAAAGGUAUCUACAAUAGACGUUUCUGUUGUUAAUUUGUAUCGACGCGCUACGUGGAAUGUCGAACUUUAAAAAGAUGACUUUGUGCUGCUCACACAGAGAGAGUUUAAAAAAAAAAAAAAUCCUAACAUGGCUGAAUGAAAACGGACUGUUGUAUAAACCAGCACAAGACAACGACACCGUAACUUGACUGAAUGUAUAUUUAGGUAGACAUCGACUUCUUCAUUGGCUUUUGAUUUCUUUUCUCCCCGACACUCAUGCUACGUGGUCUGCUAUCGCUCGUCGUAAGUAGUUAAGUUGGACUUUAAAGGUUCUCGGUUUUCAUACAGUAGCUAAACACCGCUGUUAACAAAUUGGUUUGGUUUGAAAAGUAAGAUUUAACGCUGGAGAAGAGAUAGAUGUUACAGUCGAGACUCGCUAUUGGAGAGAUCAGGGUUGUGUCGUAUCGAUCAUCUGAUGUGAUUUGGUUGAUAGCUGAGGUUUAAAUUGCUGUUCGUCGGUCACAUUUCAAUUCCAGCGUCAUAGCUACAGUAGAAACGGCGUCGACGCAAACGACCUCCGAAUUGCUUAUGGAAAGUGAAAAAUCAGUGGUAGUUUUUCAUCGCUGUAAGCUUUCGCCGAACUUCCCUUAAAAUGCGAACCACAAAACGUACAUCUUCUACGAUAUAACGUUUCUUGAUUAGCACUUCAAUCAAUGGAUUAAACAGCUCCACUAUAAGAAAUCACUCAAUAAAUAAGUCCCAUGUUUCCUUUUCUCAGAUUUUGUUCACACUUUUGACACUAGUACAGCAAGUUCAUGGUUUCUCUAAGGAUUAAUUGACAGGUCGGGUUUUGAAUAUUUGGAUAUCAGGUGUUUUACAUAUAGAGAGCAUCGCUGUGUCUAUGCUGUGGCUGCAUUAUGAUAUGAUAUGAUAUGAUAUGUAGAUAGUAGCCUGAGUUUCCUGUAUAGACUGUACAGUCCAUUUAGAAGAUGGGAAUAGUACGCCACUCUUAUCUAUUAAAUGCAGUGAAAUAUACGUCAUGGACAAGAAUCCACCUGCUUGUUUAGCCCCAAAGAGUUCACGUGUCAGUAACACUGCAUUCAAAGGAUGCAACUCAAGGCAUAAUGCACAUUUAUAAGGCAAACAUAAACACAUCUUCAUAAUAAAUCUCAUUCACAGGUUUGAUCAUGUCAAGUCACCAUGUGACGUCCAUGUAUGUUACGUGAAUCUCAUAGUGGAAAUUUGGUCAAAUCUGCCCACUUUGAAUCGUCUCCAUAAAGAUUUCUGAAUGUUCAAACAUCACUUGAGUAGAACUGUCUUAUGAAUGUGUUUCGAUGUCCUGGUUUAGGAUCCUUUAGCUAAAGCGUCCAUUUUUUACCAGCAUUUAGCAGAGUUAGAACAGUGUAUUCUGUAGUGAUUCAACUGAAAUUUGUAUAGUUCUCCUCAUGACUAUUCCUGCUUCUCCCCAACCCGAUGGAAAUGUAAACAUUGUAACGGAGAUUUUAAUUGCUGCAUUAUUGCCUUUUUCAAUGCUGUGUUUUCUGGAUGUAAUUAUGUAUUUUUAUUUAUAAGUCAUUCUCAGUUGGAGUCCGGGUCAUCCUUCUUCGCUCACAAAACAAAGGAAUAAUUUAAUUAAUUCAAUAAAAUACAAAUCAGUGCUUUUUGCCCUGGAUUUCAUAUGUAUCAUCACAAGGAUGUGGUUGCUGUAAAUUUAAAUUAACGUUAACUGGGCUAUAAAACUAAGCACAAGUGCAUUCAAAUUGUUUCAUUCUCAUGUACUCAUAAUUACGGUUCACCGAUUCCUCAAGCUAUUAAAAAUUUGUUGCCAUUUUUUUUUUCUAAAAAUGUGUUGAAUGUCUAAUUGGCCUCCAUUUUAGUAAUUUGACUGAUAUAUGAUUAAAACAUUACGGAAAACGUUAUAUAUAGGAAUGUGUUGGUAAUAUGUUGAUUUUAAACAGUUGGUGAACCAGUGCUUUGAAGGUGAAUUUUAAAGACUUUUCAAGUGCUUCAGUUGUGAGUCAAUCCUGAAAAAUAAGCUGUUUUCAAAUAUUUUUCGAAUUUUCGCCAAAGACGUGUUCCUGGAUGUGAUUUGAAAGGUUCACUGAUUUGCUGUAUUUCUAAAUGGAACUAAUUGGGUUAUAUUGUACAAGCAAUCUAUCUGAGAACUGGUUUGGCUGAUUGUACUUACAUUAAAAUGUUAAUAAAAUUAAAAAUGACCCACAAAA